AUGGGGAUAAAGGACUCUGAGCGGAGGGUUCUGUUCUACACUUUACCUAUUUUCGCUUUGUUGGUAUGUAUAAACCUGGAUGGAUUUUUGAUAUAAUGAUUACUUUUUGCAGGCGAUCCAUGUCGUCUCGAUUCCCAAGGCAAUUACAUGGCGGAUGGGGCUCCCUGAAAGCGAAACUGCAGUUCGUUUUUGAGAUCAAUUUCUGAAUAAGUUGGUUAGAGCGGUUAAUUUUACUCUGAACGUCAAUAGUCAAUCUUUUAUUCACUUUUUCUAGUCAUAGAUGUGAUCGCGUAGGAAUUAGGAAGAAAGAGAAAAAAAUCGAACAAAUUUCUCAUAAACAACCGCUUUUAACUAACUAGAAGGUCAAACGUAGUUGAAAGAUCUGAAUCUCGCGUGAUCUUACUUUAGAAUAUUAAUAAUCUUGAAACCGAUCGAGAAGGAAUAUUUUGUUCAGCUGACGAAGGAAAGUUUUGUGGCUGGCUCGACUUUGGUCUGUUCGGUAAUUUCUCUCGUCAGUUUCAUACUCACUCUCUUUAAGUGCAGUGUGAAGCCAGAAAUGGUGAGAUUGCUCAAAUGGUUGAAAAAAAAAGAAGAAACCUUUGUCUUUCAUUCCAGUUUCUCUUUUUGUGCGUCUCGGACAUGCUGCUAACCGUUAUGGCCAUUUUCGCCUUUUUCUUCUCAGAAUCUAUGGAUGGACGGACGGUCGGAGUGAGGUCCCCAGUGCCAACUGCAAAAUAUCUUUCUGUCUAGGCUUUUCUCAUUUCUGCAGCUCCAGUCGGUUUUUUCAUGAUCGCUUUCACCGCCUUUCGUUUUGCAAAGUAAGGAUAGUUAUAAUUUUUCAAACUAUCAAUUAGUUUGAUAUUUAACAACACUACCACAUUUUCAAUUGAAACAAUGUUUUUUGGAAACUAUAGAAAAAAUUGAGGUCGCAAUCAGCCGGGAUUGAAGUUUCCAGAGCAGAGGACAUGCAUCCGAACAGAAAGGUUUGAUUUAUCCAAAAUCUCUUUAAUUUUGAUUGAAUCAAAAAAAAUGAACUUUCCUCUUGAUCCUCUCGUUAAGAUAAUAGGUGCUGGAGAUUGGAAUAAUUGUUUUGUUUUUGAGUUUCGAAUUUUGAGUUGCUGCAAUCUGCUUUAAAAAUUUGAGAAAUGGGUUCAGCAGAUAUACUUAAAUAAACGACCUUGAACUUUUCUAGGUAAUCGAUUUCCUGCUCUCGAAAGAGUUUUACUGACUUUACUUCUACAUUUUUGGAAAUCAGCCAAACUAAAAAAAUCGUACAGGUUUCACGUAAAGAGGAAGAGGGUAGCAAGCAAAGUGCUCCAAGAAGCUACACCAAACGUGACGGUAUGCAUUGCUGAUCAACUCAUACGAUCUUACUGAAGGAACUUUAGAACCGCAGAAAAGUCGUAGGGGCGGUGCGAGGCAGGACGAUCGGGACAGGGACUCUGAGCCGAGGAAAGUUGAUGAUCGGAGAAGAGACUCAAGACCUAGAGAGGAUGAAGACCGUAAGAGAGAGUCCAGACCGAGAGAGGAUGACUCGCGUCCCAGAAAGGAUGAUGAUCGUAGGAGAGAGUCCAGACCAAGAGAAGAUGACUCGCGUCCCAGAAAGGAUGAUGAUCGUAGGAGAGAGUCCAGACCAAGAGAAGAUGACUCGCGUCACAGAAAGGAUGAAGAUCGUAGGAGGGAGUCUAGACCGAAAGAGGAAGAUUCUAGACACAGAAAUGACGACGAUCGCAGGAGGGAUUCCAGACCGAAAGAAGAGGACUCUCGACGAAGAAAGGAUGAAGAUCGUAGGAGAGACUCCAGACCGAGGGAGGAUGAUUCUCGACCCAGAAAUGAGGACCGGAGAAGAGACAACAAAGACAAAGAAGACCGUAACAGCGAUCGUGAGCGCAACGAGGACAGAAGCCGCGGAAGGCGUAGCAGUCAGCAAAAGUCUUCUGAUGACCGACGUCGUCGAUCCCGAAUCGACCGUGUCAAUUCUGAUCGCGACGAAAAGCGUAAAACUUCGGAUCGUGAAAGAGACCGUAGCCGCAGGUUUCCUUUUUUCGGUCUAAGCUUUGAGUCGCGUCAAGAGUAUUCUGAGAAGAUUAACUCAGAAAUGUCAUUGACACACAAUGGGACCGCUAUUCCCAGUUACUAAUACGAAUUUUUCAUUUUUUUUUUAAAGUUUGAAUAACGAAAAGACUUUCAAGCGCUUUGACUUCAUUUUGAUUAUCGGAAACAAUAACUUGCACUUGCAAGAAAGUGACAACCAAAGUCUUACCGCCUUCUGUCAGACGUGUUUUUUGAAGAUAAAAAUCCUUAUUUUCAUACUCAAAAGGAGAAUGAGCCAUCUUUUUCAGAAGAGAAGACAGAUCUCGAAGUGAGCACGACCAUCGACGCAAGUCUCCGACGUUAGUCAAGAUCCAGAGACUCUUUCCAAAUUCAAUAUUUUUCCUGCCGAUUCCUAGAAUUUCAGUUCGGACAACUCGCGAAAAUCCCGCCACCACAGAAGCCGCCAAUCUCGUCAUUCCCGCUGAUUCAACAUUCCUUCUGCUACUUUUUGUCUCCUCAACUUUUCUUUAUUGCAGUCAUUCCUCAAACACAAUAAAGUCUGAUUUUCUCGAAAUAGAUUUUUCAACGGUUCUCUCUGGAAUAAGGAUUUUUCAGCCUGGCGAUCUUCUUCCCAAACUGUAUUGUUCGAAGGUGGAAUUACUAG